CCGGAACAACGUCACGUUGCGACGAAAUAAUGGACCGUCAAACUUUUCACUGUAUAUAGCUAUAUCUUCCGGCGAGAGAGCUAAAGGGGAGUUUAUUAUCGGUAACUUCAGUCAGUUGUCCCGGUUCUACCUAUAUAAUUUCCCCGCAAUGGCUAUCGGCGAUCUGAAAACGGACAAGGGUAUCAAAGACUUAAAUUCCUUUUUAGCAGAUCGUAGUUACAUCGAAGGGUGGCAACCCACUCAGGCAGAUGUAGUAGUCCUAGAAGCGUUAGGCAAAGUUCCAACAUCCUCCAAUCCUCACGUUUUACGAUGGUAUAAUCACAUCAAAUCAUACGAUUUAAAGACACUUCCGGGAGAAAGAAAAGCGCCUGUUAUCUUAAGUAGCAAUAAUUCUGCUAACGUGACAGCCGCCAAAAGUGAGGACGACGAUGAUAAAGACGUGGACCUCUUCGAGUCGGACGAAGAGGAAGACGCGGAGGCCGCCCGGCUCAGGGAAGAACGAUUGAAAGCUUACGAGGAGAAGAAGUCCAGAAAGCCGGCGCCUGUCGCAAAGUCCAGUAUUGUGUUGGACGUUAAGCCGUGGGACGAUGAGACUGACAUGGAUGCUAUGGAGAAAGCUGUGAGAUCUAUUCAGAUGGAUGGUCUAAUUUGGGCGGCAUCUAAAUUGGUGGCAGUCGGCUAUGGCAUUCACAAGUUCAGGAUAAUGUGCGUGAUAGAGGACGACAAGGUUUCUGUAGACUGGCUGAUAGAACAGAUAGAAAGUUUCGAGGAGUUCGUUCAGUCCGUGGACAUAGAGUCAUUCAACAAACUAUAAACGAUUGUUUCUGUCUAUUAUCUUUAUUGUAAACUUAAUAAAUAAUAAUCAUUGUUUGUAUAUACAAUGUUACCGAAUAAGAAGAAUAACUGUCGCAAUUUUAGACGUCACUGCUAGUUUCAGUGUUUUGAUUGGAUUUCAACUGAUUGACAGUUUUAACUAUUUAUUUUGAUUACGCCGCUUUUAUACUUGAAAAGAGAAGAUGGACGUUCUCUUCUAUGUAUGAUUAAUCUCUUGAACAAUAUAGGUUUGAACAAGUUUGAAUGUAGUUUCAGUUUUGCAUGUGUAUAUACGAAUUUCUCCUUGAGAAGUUUCACGUCAUCAGUGCAAAUUUUGAAUCAAUUUAUUCGGUUUUGUUAUAAUACCUAAUAUUUUUCUUCUCUCUUGUUCCUUGUGUCAAGAAAAUUUCAAUAGUAAAUGCACUAGUAGGUGUAUCGUUCGAAAUAAGAUUCUUGAACGAUAACUAAACAAUAGGCUAUAGUAGUAUGUAGUUCAUUUUUAAUUGACUAUACAAAUAUACUAUGCUUAUAUGUUUUAUUUUUUUUACUUUUGUUGUUGACGAGAGAAAUUAGAAAGUGUACUUUAGUUUGAAAAAUCUAAAAAAUUGUCAAUUUGACUAGGUAGUUAUGUUUGGAGUUUUGAGUACAGAUUUUAUUCACAAUUAUAUGAUAAAAUCAGUUUAAAAGCUUCUUAAGUAAAACUACGUUGUUUCAAAAAAUAUUAAUCAAGCAUAUUAUGUAAAUAUGUAAGGUAAUCAUGUCAGUGACAUUGUAUCCAUUAUUAAUCAUGAAUUAGAUAGUUUAACUGUUUAGUUAAAUAACUGAAAAAUUGAUAUGAGAGUAUGUAUGUCACAAAUGAAUAGUUUAAUAAUUAUACGAGUAUUUUUUUUUACGUUACACGUGUUCCCUGAUUUUUAUUAUCAAAAAAAUAGUCUCGAGUAGAAGAUCUUUUCUUCAUUCACAUGUCACUGUUAGAAGAAACAAAUAGUUUAGGGAGAAUUCACUAGAUUUAGUAUUAUUUUCUUGCGUUUUUUUUUUUUUUUUUUU